AUGGGUGGUUUCGAAUUCCAACGGACGAACCCAACCUCUCCAAGGCCGUACCUGUUCUCGCGAUGGUUUCCGGUGUGCUUGCGGGCGACUGAUAUCCGUUCGAUUCAAUGUUCGGCGACGACGACGACGACGACGACAAUUCUGAUUAUGGCAAUGAAGAUUCGGAGCACGUAUUACCUGGAAUCAGAGCACGAUGGAUCAAAUCAGAAGGCGAACGAAAACACGACAAAGAACGGACUGCCGAGAGUCACCUACUGA